UUUAUUUUUGUAGCUAAACCUUUGCCCACAGAAUAUGUCAACGCCUCAUCCCUGGAUUCCUGUGGGUGUGCCAAUGUGUUGUGGGGCACGAUUCCAGGAGGGGUCAAGACCUCUUCUCAGGUCACCCUGAUGUCACAAUGGAACAGUGUACCUCUGGUUCAUGAUGUUGAUGUUAAUAAAAGCCUUGUUGUGUGUAACCUGAUUCCUGCCACUACCUACACAGUUACAGUGAGGAUUAAACCUUUAGGAGGCUUGUACUACAGUGAUCCAGUUGAGAAGGACUUUGAUACAUGUGAAACAGCCCCAUCUCUUUCUCCACCCCUGCAGUCCAGCGGUUUUUCCUCGGGGGAUUGUACUUCAGGGUAUAGAUCUAUAAUUGUUUACUGGGAGAAAAUUCCGCGAAAAUUUCAAAAUGGACCUUUGAAGGAAUACAGGGUGGUGUACGGUGAUGACGAUUGGAAGGGAGUAGCUCCUAAUGCGACAUCAGCUACUUUUAACAUCCCUUGUGGAGGCCGUAACAUAACCGUUCGAGGAUGUAACCUUAUUGGAUGUUCACCUAACUCCUCUAUAUACAUACACGCCUACACAGAUGUGGUGUCCCCCAAGAGAGUUAUAGUAGAACAGAAGGGACAAUCAGAGGUGCAGCUGUCCUGGUUUGGGUUGGAGAGGGAGGCCAUUGUUGCUACUGAUGUGGUGUGGUGCAAAGUCAAACCAGCAGUGCUGCAGUGUCAGGAUGAAAUACAUAUACUUAGAAGACUGGGGAAUAUGAAUCACACAGUUCUGAAGGCAGACAUGAUUAGUCAAGCUCUGGAUGAUGUCAUAUUUGGUGUGGCAGCCAUCAAUGAUAAGAAUUUCAGUAGUGGAAUCAAAUGGCAGGAGGAAUGCAGAUAUGUGAAGGAUGCAGAGCCCUCACCUGUGGAUGGUGUGUCCCUCUCCCCAGACCCUCCUAAAAACAGCCUGGUGGUGACCUGGAGUCCCCUCAGAUGUGAGUCAGUGGCCUCAGAUAACGCCUUCAUCAAGACAUACCGGAUCAUCUACUGCAAGAUGAAUACACAAGAAUCUUGCGAAGGCAGGGAAUAUUCUGUGAGUGUUCCAGCAGACAGUACCACACAGUACACACUAAGAGACUUGGAGGCAGACACAGAAUAUGGUGUGUGGGUACAAGCCAUGUCACUCACGAAGGAGGGGCGUAGAAGUAAAAUGGUGACUGGACGACCUACCAAUAACGAUUUACCAGGGGGAUCAAUAGCAGGCAUUGCUAUCGGAGGAAUAUUUGUUCUUAUACUUGUCAUUGCAGGAUUCGUGUUUGUUUGCAGACUCUUUAGACGUAAAUUAGGUCUGGAUGAAAAAUUUGAAAUAGAAAAUAUACAAGUUAGGCCCUAUGAAAAUCUGCCCACUGAAAGCAAUUUGUAUAAUAACCUCACCACACCAGCUGACAGAUCCAGCUCACCCCUCAUCACACCUAAUGGAAUGUCAUCAAAUGGAGAUAUUAGACAUAAUGGAGUAAAUCACAGUUAUGAAGAUAUCUUACCAGUAGGAUCCUCGGUGGACCUUGAUGAAGAAGAUGGGAGUGGUGAACCAAAGGACUCCAAACCCGACCUUAAAUCCAGCAUGGUAACGUUACCAAUCACGGAUGUUCCACGGCAGAUCAGUAAGGACAGCGGUCACGGAAGCCUGUCCCCCACGUCAACUCACGGCCCACCCUCCUCUGAAGAGUCUGACAAAAAAGAGCGAAUUCUGAGAGAUAUUAUAUUGGACCUUCCUCCCGAUUAUGCAAAGGCAACUUCAGUCACCACCCAAUGUGUGCAUGGGUAUAAGAAAGGUUCCUUUGAUACUGAGGACAGUUUCCCGCCUGAUUCCAGAGGGACAUAUAAGGAUAGUUUAUGUUCCUCUUCACAGUCCAGUGGCAUUCCACUAGAAGAUGGAUACAAGAGUCAGGAAGACAUCUUACAAGACAACAAUGACAAACAACAAAUUAAAGAAUCCUCCAAGAAGUGCCCAGAAAACAAUGAAGUGGGGAGGAAUGGAGAGGAAGAACUUGAAAACAAAGAAGAUGAAGUUGAGCAGACAUCAGGUUAUGUGAUGUACUCAUCCAAUGAUACAGAAACCACCACAGGAAGCCAAAUCACCAAUGUCCAACCCGGGAACUCCCUUCCUACAUGUGACAAAACACAGACCACCUCUGGUCACCAACCACACAAUGUCCAAUCUACUGAGACCACCAUGGAAAACCAAAUCAAUAUUGUCCAAGAUGAAACCACCACUCCUACAUGUAAUAUUACACAGACCAACCAAGCACACCAACCAUACAAUGUCCAAUUUAAGAAUACUGUUCCCAACAUUACAAAGACCAUCUCUACAAACCAACCCAACAGUGCUAAAAACCAGACUGAGUGUAGCAAGCUACCAAGUUCAGCUGUUGAUCAGCUGAAAAAUGACGGACCAAAUGAUGUAAUGGAAAUUAAACAAGAGACAGAUAUGUGCCAAACUGACAAAAAACCAAGUUCACCAGGAUACCAUCCCAACAGAACACUGGAUACAGAGCGCCGAACCACUGAGAUGGGUUCUGGUCCACAGCUUCUAACAGCUGAAUCAGAACAGUUUACAAACUACCUCCCACAUAAUACAAAUUUUGGAGAACUUGCUGCCACUCAUAAUGAUAAAGAGAAUUCCUUGAUCUCCAGUUGUGCAGCUGGUAAUGCAAAUGAUCUUGCUGUGAUGAAUUUUGAUUAUGUCCCAAAUGGGACAUCAGAUCCAUUGCCUAAUGGCAAAACAAGUCAUUUAUCUGAUGGUACAUCCGAUAUUGUGCCAAAAGAUACCAAAGAUUUCUCUGGGAUGAAUUAUGUACCUACCUAUGUUCCAGAUGACACAGCUGAUAAUAUUCCCAGUGUUACAAAACAUGUGCCAUGUAGUCCAGCAGGACAUGUGUCAAAUGGUGCUACAGAAAAUGUGCCAAAUGGCACAACUGACUAUGUGCUAAGUGAUGCAACAGGAUAUGUGCCAAAUGGUGCUACGGACUAUGUACCAAAUGGUACAAUAGACUAUGUGUCAAAUGGUGCAACAAAUUAUUUGCCAAAUGGUGCAACUGACUAUGUGUCAAACGGUGCAACAGAUUAUGUGUCAAAUGGUACAAGUGAUUAAUAUCUGCCCAAUGGUACAAGUAUGUGCCUCUAUAUCAUUGGACAAUGAAGAACAACUUCAUUCUGAUACAUUCCAAUUCUCAGGCCAGGUCACAAUCACA